AUGUCACUUGAGCUUGGUGGCCUUAUUCCCAUGUCAUUCGAGGCUUCUGAGCUUCCUCUUCUCGAAACAAUACAUAUCGAUUGCUGUUUUUCAUUUCCACGAGCUUUUGAUAGAAGUGUUCAUCAGCCUGAUGAGAAACAACAGAAGCUUAAUCUCAUCAAUAUCCUUCGGUGCCUCAGAACUGCUAAAUCUGUUCAUCUGACCCCCUCUACUGUUAAGCUUCUCUCGAUAUCUCAUGGCAUGCUUGUUCAAGAACAUUGCUCAUUUGGGAAUCUAAAGGUUUUGAACCUUAUCCCACCACCAAACAAACCCAUGGCUGAACUUCAUUCUUCUGUGACUGCCUAUUUGCUCAAAGAUUCUCCACAAGCUGUUGUCAAGGCGGAGCCCAGGUGGUGAUAAAAGAUGGAGGAUGCAGCAUGCUCAAUUUUUCAAUCUAUGGUGGUAUGCUGUUAGAUAUGUUAGAGGAAGUUAAUAUAAUACAUGUGUGAAUUGUGACGUGUUUUCAACAAAAUUCUAUAUUGGAUUUUCUGAUAUGGGGAAUGUUGUGAAUCUGAAAUCACUUUCUUUUCUGUAGACCAGUUUAUGAAGAUUUUAGUUUCUUGAUAAGUGUUG